GGCAUGGCCGGGCUGACGAGGACUGUGCCGAGGGCCGGGCCAGGCACAGGGAGGAGCGGCUGCUGGGCGCCCGGCUGGAGCGAGACCAGGAGAAGCUGCUCAGAGAGGGCAAGGAGCUGGCUGACCUGGCCCGCCUGCAUCCCACCAGCUGUGCCCCCAACGGCCUGAACCCCAACCUCAUGGUGACCGGGGGCCCCACGCUGGCGGGCUCGGGUCGCUGGUCUGCUGACCCCGCGGCCCACCUGGCCACCCACCCCUGGCUGCCGCGCUCGGGCAGCACGUCCAUGUGGCUCACAGGACACCCCUACGGCCUGGGCCCUCCCUCGCUGCACCAGGGCAUGGCCCCCGCGUUCCCGCCUGGCCUGGGGGGCUCCCUGCCAUCAGCCUACCAAUUUGUCCGGGACCCCCAGUCAGGCCAACUGGUGGUCAUUCCCAGCGACCACCUGCCUCACUUUGGCCACCCAUCCCCGACCCAGGAGCGCCUGAAGGCCCAAGAGCACCGGGUGGAGCUGGAGGAGAAAGUGGGCAAGCGGGGCCUGGAGGCCGCGAGCAAGGCCAGCCUGACCGCGGCGGGCCCCGGGCUGCUGUCCCGGAAGCCCCCCGGGCCCACAGGCAGCUACGGCAAGGCUGUGAGCCCGCCGCUGUCUCCCCGUGCAUCCCCCGUGGCGGCCUUGAAGGCCAAGGUCAUCCAGAAGCUGGAGGACGUGGUCAAGCCGCCCGCGUACGCCUACCCCGCCACCCCCAGCUCCCACCCCAGCAGCCCGCCGCCCGCCUCACCCCCACCCACGCCCGGCCUCACCCGCAAGGAGGAGGCGCCCGAGAACGUGGUGGAGAAGAAGGACCUGGAGCUGGAGAAGGAAGCCCCCAGCCCCUUCCAGGCCCUGUUCUCAGACAUCCCACCCAGGUACCCGUUCCAAGCCCUGCCACCACACUACGGGAGGUCCUACCCGUUCCUGCUGCAGCCCGCGGCGGCUGCCGACGCUGACGGUCUGGCCCCCGACGUGCCGCUCCCGGCGGAUGGGCCCGAGCGCCUGGCGCUCUCCCCCGAGGACAAGCCCCUCCGCCUGUCCCCCUCCAAGAUGCCCGAGCCGCUGCAGGAAGGCCCAGAGGAGGAGCCGCUGGCCGAGCGGGAGGUGAAGGCGGAGGUGGAGGACAUGGACGAGGGCCCCGCAGAGCUGCCGCCCCUGGAGUCGCCCCGGGCCCUGCCUGCGGUGGAAGCCAUGGCUGCCCCCAGCCCUGCCGGCAGCUGCGGAGAAGCCCUGCUGGAGGCCCAGGCGCUGGGUGCCCCCGGGCAGGGGUGCACGGAGCCCCCCGAGUGCCCAGACUUUGUGGAGGGGGCCGAGGCGCGGGAGGACUCACCGGGCCGGACAGAACCGUGCGUGGCCGUCCUGGACCUUGGGGGGCGGCCGACGCCCGAGGCGCUGGUGGAGGCCAAGGAGGAGCCCGUGGAGGUGCCCGUGGCAGAGGUGGUGCCCGAGGAGGGCCUAGCCCAGGCGGCCCCGAGCGAGCCCCGGCCCAGCCUGGAGUUGUCUGACUGUGAGGUGCCCCCCGCCGAGGGCCAGUGCUCAAGCCUGGAGCCCCAGGAGGCCACACCCGUGCCCGGCGACCCCUGCUACCUGGACGAGGCGGGCUCCGACCAGUUCCUGCCUGGCCUGGAGGACCCUCUGGCCGGCAUGAACGCCCUGGCAGCGGCCGCGGAGCUGCCCCAGGCCAGGCCUCUGCCCUCCCCGGGCGCGGGGGCCCCGGCCUCGGAGAAACUGGAGGCGGCUCCGAGCCUGGCCCUGGAGCAGAGCUUCCUGCACGGCAUCACCCUGCUGAGUGAGAUCGCAGAGCUGGAGCUUGAGAGGAGGAGCCAGGAGGUGGGAGGUGUGGAGCGGGGCACGGCGGUGCGGCCCUCGCUGGAGAGCCUGCUGGUGGCCGGCAGCCACAUGCUGAAGGAGGUGCUAGACGGCCCCUUCGUGGACCCGCUCAAGAACCUGCGGCUUCCACGGGAGCUGAACCCCAACAAGAAGUACAGCUGGAUGCAGAAGAAAGAGGAGAGGAUGUACGCCAUGAAGUCCUCCCUGGAGGACAUGGACGCCCUGGAGCUGGACUUCCGGAUGCGGCUGGCAGAGGUCCAGCGCCAGUACAAGGAGAAGCAGCGCGAACUGGUGAAGCUGCAGCGGCGCCGGGACUCCGAGGACAGGCGCGAGGAACCCCAUAGAAGCUUGGCACGCAGAGGCCCUGGCAGGCCGCGGAAACGGACCCACGCCCCGAGCGCCCUGUCGCCCCCCCGCAAGAGAGGGAAGAGCCGCAACCAUAGCGGAAAGCUGAGCAGCAAGUCCUUACUGACAUCAGAGGACUACGAGCUUGGAGCCGGGAUGAGGAAGAGACACAAGGGGCCAGAGGAGGAUCACGAUGCCCUCACUGGAAUGGGGAAAGCCAGAGGGAGGAACCAGACUUGGGAGGAACACGAAGCCUCGUCCGACUUCCUGAGUCAGCUAAAGAUUAAGAAGAAGAUGGCCAGCGACCAGGAGCAGUUGGCAAGCAAGCUAGACAAGGCCCUGUCCCUCACAAAGCAGGACAAGUUGAAGUCGCCCUUCAAGUUCUCGGACAGUUCUGGGGGGAAGUCCAAAACUAGCGGGGGCUGUGGCAGGUACUUGACUCCUUAUGACACCCUGCUGGGCAAGGACAGGAAGGCGCUGGCCAAGGGCCUCGGCCUGUCUCUGAAACCCCCCAGAGAAGGUAAACACAAGAGGGCCACCACCGCCAGGAAGAUGGAGGUGGGGUUCAAGGCCAGAGGCCAGCCCAAGUCGGCCCAUUCCCCGUUCGCCUCGGAAGUGAGCAGCUACUCCUACAAUACGGAUUCAGAGGAGGAUGAAGAGUUCCCGAAGGACGAGUGGUCGGCCCAAGGCCCCUCCGGCUCCAGGCUGACGUCUUCCAUCCUCUGUGGCAUGGUGGCAAAGAGCAGCAAGGCGGCCGGAGGCCCCAAGCUGACCAAGAGGGGCCUGGUGGCCCCCCGGACUCUGAAACCUAAGCCGGCCGCCAGCAGGAAGCAGCCGUUCUGUCUGCUGCUCCGAGAGGCCGAGGCCCGUUCCUCCUUCAGCGACUCCUCGGAGGACUCGUUUGACCAAGAUGAGAGCUCCGAGGAGGAGGAGGACGAGGAGGAGGAGCUCGAGGAGAAGGCGGAUGGGGCCGUCGGCGGCUACAGGCUGGGCGCCCGGGAACGGGCCCUGUCGCCUGGCCUGGAGGAGAGCGGGCUGGGCCUGCUGGCCCGCUUUGCUGCCAGUGCCCUCCCCAGCCCCACGGUGGGGCCGUCCCUGUCCGUGGUGCAGUUGGAGGCCAAGCAGAAGGCCCGGAAGAAGGAGGAGCGGCAGAGCCUGCUAGGUGAGUGGCGGCAGGUGGGCCGCUGGGGAGCGGACGCCACCGCCCCCUCCCACAGAUGCGGCUUCUUGGAGCCCCCAGGUUCUCACGUCCUGGUGUCUGAACAGCUGAAGGGCUCACUGCUGGGGAAGAAGAAAGGGAAGGAGGCCGGGCCAGGAGCCGCCCCGCCUCCACCCCGCGUUCCCGCCCUGCCCUCUGAGGCCAGGGCCCCUCACGCCAGCUCACUGGCCGCCGCCAAGAGAAGCAAGUCCAAGGCCAGAGGGAAGGAGGUGAAGAAGGAGAACCGGGGCAAGGGAGGUGCCGUGAGCAAGCUGAUGGAGAGCAUGGCAGCCGAGGAAGACUUUGAGCCCAACCAGGACUCCAGCUUCUCUGAGGACGAGCACCUGCCACGAGGUGGGGCCGUGGAGCGACCGCUGACUCCAGCCCCCCGCUCCUGCAUCAUCGACAAGGACGAGCUGAAGGACGGCCUGCGUGUGCUUAUCCCCAUGGACGACAAGCUGCUGUACGCUGGACACGUGCAGACAGUGCACUCGCCGGACAUAUAUCGUGUGGUGGUGGAGGGCGAGCGCGGCAACCGACCCCACAUCUACUGUCUGGAGCAGCUGCUGCAGGAGGCGAUCAUCGACGUGAGGCCGGCUUCCACGCGCUUCUUGCCGCAAGGGACCAGGAUCGCAGCCUACUGGAGCCAGCAGUACCGCUGUCUCUACCCGGGCACCGUGGUCCGAGGGCUGCUGGACCUGGAGGACGAUGGGGACCUGAUCACUGUGGAGUUUGACGACGGCGACACGGGGAGGAUUCCCCUCUCGCACAUCCGCCUCCUGCCUCCUGACUACAAGAUCCAGUGUGCGGAGCCGUCCCCGGCCCUCCUGGUGCCAAGCGCCAAGCGCCGCAGCCGGAAGACCAGCAAAGACACCGGGGAAGGCAAGGACGGGGGCACGGCAGGGUCCGAGGAGCCAGGAGCCAAGGCCCGGGGGCGCGGGCGGAAACCCAGCACCAAGGCCAAGGGUG